AUGGAUAAGUUACGCGGGGUGCUGGAUUUCUGCAUCCGCCACCAGACUGUUCUGGGUUACAGCAUUGUGUCCCUGAUGACGGCUGCCAGCGAGCACAUCUUCUCCUCUGUGGUGUUCCAAUGUCCCUGCAGUUCUGGGAACAUGCUGUAUGGCUCCAUCUUCCUCUCAGUGCCUGCCCUGAUCCUCUUUCUGCUUGGCUACAUGGUGAACGCCAGGACGUGGCGCCUGCUGACAAACAGCUGCCCUGCGGAGAAGUGCUGCAGCAGCAGCAGCCCCUGGGGAACCUGCUUCUACUACUGCUUUGUGCUGGUGCCGGUGACGGCCAGAGCCUUGGUGGCCCCUCUCACCUGGAUCGCGGUGGCCCUGCUCGGAGCCAGCUUCUACGAGUGCGCGGCCAGCGGGAACAGCCUGAUACAGAACUACUUCUGUAAAGAUCAAGGACAAGAGUGCCGCAAGCUGAUGGUCAAAAUACCCUGCAAUGAGAAGUUAUGGAAGAACAUAUCGAGUGAAUUCUUCAGCCUUCAGGCACAGUCCCAGCUGAUAGGAUGGCUCCUGAUAGCCUGCAUCAUUACUGUGGCACUGAUUUCAAAAUGUGUCAGCCGCUGUCGCUCCCCGGUUAGCUACCUUCAGCUCAAGUUCUGGAAAAUUUACUUAAAAAAGGAACAGGAGCUUUUUGAGAUCAAGGCUAAAGAGCAUGCAGCCAGGCUGGCAGAAAUAAAUACGAAAUCCUUUUUUGAAGCCGUUGACCCAACACCGUUUCAGACUCCCAGCAAUGAAGACUGGCGGAAGAUUUCAUUCUUGUAUAGCUUCAGUUCCAAAGAGCAGUAUUACAGCAUGAUACACAAGUUUGUUAACACAAACAGAGGCAACAGCAACAGCUUCAGGGAAGGAGCUCAGAAUCCCCCUGUUUUAGGAUUUGUGGAUGAAGCGAGCGCAAACGAAUCCGGAUUUUAA